AUGGGACAAACUGUGACGACUCCUCUUUCCCUUACCCUAAGCCAUUGGACCGAAGUUCGGGCCAGAGCCCAUAAUUUUUCGGUAGAGGUGAAGAAAGGAAAGUGGCAGACUUUGUGUGCCUCUGAAUGGCCAACAUUUCAGAUAGGAUGGCCCCCCGAAGGAUCCUUUUUAUUAGACAAGAUUAAGCUGCUGAAGUCUAAGAUAUUUAAUAUAGAUCCCCACGGACAUCCAGACCAAGUACCAUAUGUCUUGGUCUGGGAAGAUUUAAUUCUCUCCCCACCUCCGUGGGUCCGGCCCUUUGUUUCCUCAACAGGUACGUCCGCGCACACAUCAGCAGCGUCGGAGAUAUUAGCCUUAAAGAAAAACCCCAACACGGAAAAGCUACCUGACGCCCCGGAUCCACCGAAGGCGAUUUAUCCUGACCCGCAGUCCGAUUUGCUUCUUUUGGAUUCCCCACCCCCUUAUCCUCCGGCCCCAAAUCCCCUACCACCUAGAGGACCCCCAGCUCCACUGCCCUCGGCACCAAGGGAACCAUCCAUGAUGGAAGAAGAAAGGGGUCCCUCAGCGGGCACUAGGAGCCGGAGGGCUAUCUCCCCGGACUCCACUGCCCUACCUCUUAGAGAGUAUGGCCCCCCCGAUGGCCAAGGGAAUAGACCUCUCCAAUAUUGGCCCUUUCCCUCUGCAGAUCUUUAUAAUUGGAAAAUGCAUAACCCAACUUUUUCCGAAAAUCCACAGGCCCUUACCGCUUUAAUAGAAUCUCUUGUUUUCUCCCACCAGCCCACAUGGGAUGAUUGUCAGCAGCUGCUUCAGACUCUCCUAACGACUGAGGAGAGGCAACGGGUUCUUUUAGAAGCCAGAAAAAAUGUAUUAGGCGCCAAUGGGCAACCUACCCAGCUGCCUAACGAGAUUGAUGUUGGUUUCCCACUCGUCAGGCCAAACUGGGAUUUCAAUGCCCCGGAAGGUAGGGAGCGCCUGAAAAUGUAUCGCCAGGCUCUGGUGGCGGGUCUCCAUGGAGCGGCCAGACGGCCCACUAAUUUGGCUAAGGUAAGGGAAGUAACGCAGGGGCCCCAGGAAUCGCCAACUGUGUUCCUGGAACGUUUAAUGGAAGCCUUUAGACGCUUUACCCCUUAUGAUCCAACUUCGGAGGAACAUAGGGCUACUAUAGCAAUGGCUUUCAUUGAUCAAGCGGCCCCUGAUAUUAGGAAGAAAUUACAGAGGCUAGAUGGCUUGCAGGGAUUUUCGCUUCAGGAGUUAGUAAAAGAGGCAGAUAAAGUAUAUAACAAAAGAGAAACAGAGGAAGAGAAGGAAGAAAGAAAGCAGAAAGAGCAGGCAGCCCGUGAAAGAAGAGAUAAGAGACAAGAGAGGAAUUUAAGUAAGAUACUGGCCACUGUGGUUGGAGGAAGAUAUAUAGGGGAUAGAAAUGGGCAGGAAGGGCGAACGGCAGACAGAAGGCGACCAUUAGACAAGGACCAAUGUGCCUACUGUAAAGAAAAAGGACAUUGGGCGAGAGAAUGCCCUAAGAAAAAGAAUGGAGGAAGGCCAACCAGAAACAAAAUCUUAACAUUGGAAGAAGAAGACUAGGAAAGGCAGGGCUCGAACCCUCUCCCCGAGCCCCGGGUAACUCUUAAAGUGGAGGGGGAACCUGUUCAAUUUUUGGUAGAUACCGGAGCCCAGCACUCCGUCCUUCUCCACUCAAAAGGUCCUAUCUCAGCUAAAAGGUCAUGGGUACAAGGAGCCACUGGGAAUAAACAAUAUUCAUGGACCACACGAAGGACAGUAGAUCUUGGGAUUGGACGAGUAACCCAUUCAUUUUUGAUUAUUCCGGAAUGCCCCUAUCCUUUGCUGGGAAGAGAUUUACUCUCCAAAGUAGGGGCUCAAAUCCACUUUCAGCCAGAAGGUCCCACCAUAACUGAUAAUAAAGGAAGGUUACUUCAAAUAUUGACUAUGAAAUUAGAAGAUGAAUAUAAAUUAUACGAGCAGCCUUCAUCCUCACGAGUUAAUGCUACAGAUUGGGUAACUCGGUUCCCUCAAGCCUGGGCAGAAACUGCUGGAAUGGGGAUGGCCAAAAAUUGGCCCCCGGUGCUAGUGGAACUCAAGGCAACUGCCACCCCAAUAACGGUCCGUCAAUACCCCAUGAGUAGAGAAGCCAAAGACGGUAUCCGUCCCCAUAUACAGAGGCUACUAGACUUGGGCAUCUUAAUAAGAUGUCAAUCAGCAUGGAACACCCCUCUCCUGCCGACUCUCUCCCCUGAGCCAAUCCUACUUUGCCUUCGAAUGGAAAGAUCCAACAUCGGGAAUGUCUGGUCAGCUGACAUGGACACGGCUGCCUCAGGGAUUUAA